GGCUUCGGCCGUUGUCCGCCAAAAUGGCGAAAAAGUUGUCUCUAGAAAACUCUUAAAUUUCGUGGGUAUUCAAGCGAAAUUCAAUAUUUUGCAGAGAAUUGUUGAAGGUUAAACAUAUUUUUUAUCGUUAUGGCUGGUUUUGACCAAGCAGGACUGCCGGGACCAGAGUUUAUUACACAACGACUAACUGCUGCUCAAGAUUUCGAAACUGUCAACUUUAUCGAGAAUUUUCAACAGGAAAAUAGUAUCAUGCUGCCUUCUCUGCAACCUGCUUUGCCCUUUCUAGACCUUCAUGAUGUUCGCAGGUUACAGUUCAAUAGUUUUGUGAUGGAAAACUUGCGUGAAAAAUUGCUUGAUCAAGUGAAGCUUUUGGAAGUGGACAAACUGAAGAGUUUGCUUGAUCAGUGCUUUCCGUUCAUCCACGUGGCUCAUCUCCGGCCAGUCGUGAUGGAAGUCAUGAAAUAUCUUCCAAAAGUCCCUGAUGAAUGCCUUGAGCAACUGGCAAAUGACACUAAGCUGUACCAAGAUUGUGCAAUUGAGGUGAAAAGGCAGAUCUGGAUCAAGCAUCAUGCAUUGUUUGGGGAUGCAGUUGGUCCCCUUUUGAACCAAUAUGUAGAGGAAAAGUACAAUGUUCUUUUCUCCACAGAACCUUUGAAUUCUCACACAUUCUUUUCAGUUCCAUCCAAAACAAGGCGACAAAAUCCAGUUGUACAAAACUUGGCUAAGAUGAUUGGAAAAUCUCUUGAACUGUACAACCUAGUGCUACAAUUUUUGAGAACAUUAUUUUUAAGAACCAAAGAAGUUCAUUACUGCACUCUUAGGUCAGAGUUACUGAUGGCAGUGCAUGAUCUUGAAAUUAAAGACAUUAAGGACAUUGAUCCAUGCCAUAAAUUUACAUGGUGUCUUGAUGCCUGUAUUCGAGAAAAAGUGAUAGAAGGAAAAAGGACAAAGGAAUUGCAAGGAUUCUUGGAUCAUGCAAAGCAUAGUGAAGAACAGGUUCUUGGAGAUAUUGCAAUGAUCCUCUGUGAUCCAUUUGCUAUCAACACUGUUGCCAGGAGUGUAAUUAAGCUUUUGCAAAGACUUGUUAACACUGAGUCAUUGCCAAAGACAAGUUCAGAUGUGAGUUUUCUUUUACGAGUGUUCAACCUUGGAGUUAGUGCCUGGGAGAUGAUCAGCAAUCAGCAUUUUACUGAAGUGGCACUGAGUGGAGAGUUGAUUCACAAGUUUCUUCCAAUACUCAUGUCUCUGAUGGUGGAUAGUAGCCUCCACUCUUUGCACAGUAAACUCCCUGUUGAUGAGGACAAUGCUGAUAUGGAGGACCCUGUCCAGUUCAUUGACUACUUUGCAGAAAUUACGUCAUCAAACUCAGUUGCCUUCACACUUGCUUGGUGUUAUCUUCUUCAUGUCAUUAAUCAAAGAGACAGACACACCCUUGUUGCCAUCUUGCCCUGGUUUGCCAACACAUGUCAAGAACGAGCAUUGGAUGAAGUCUCCCUUCACACUCUGAUCAGCUCACUAGCUACUUGGCAAGAAGAGUUUACACAUCUUGAUUUUUGUGAUGCGGUGUUUGACCAAUUUCUUCUUCCCUUGGUACCUCACACAAGUGUAAUGCGUCACACUCUGCGUUUGCUAUGGUACAUUCUUCCCAAAUUGGAUCCUCAAAAGGUCGUACACAUUUUGACCAUAGCACAGCCAUCAAGUGAGCACAAUGACGCUGUUCAUGAUCUGCAUGCCUUGUUAGUUGAACGCAUUGCAAAUUCCAGUGCCCUUACACCUGGUUCAUCAUCUGUGGAGCAGCCAUCUUCAGCAUCAUCCUUGUCAUCAUCUUCACAUAGUCCACUAGAGUACAUUCAGCCUGCCAGUAGCUAAUCAUCACCACAAACUAAGGACAACUCUGAUGUUCACAUACAAACUCUAAAAUAUAGGUUUAGUUGGGCUUUUUAGUACUAAUUAGUGGUGAAGACUUGGUCAGCUGUCUGAUCAAAACUGAUGUUAUCACAUGUUUAGACAUGAUUGCUUCACUGAUGUUAUCACAUGUUUAGACAUGAUUGCUUCACUGCAAAAUCUUCUCAUACUCAUAAACUCAAUGGUCUCAGUGAAGGAGACUUGAUCAACACUUCAGGGAAAAGUUGAGAAAUGUGAUCUGCUAAGGACAAGCAUAACUGUUAUUUACCAAAGCUUAAGGCUCUAGGGGAAAAAUGGUGAUGUUGAUUUACAUGACACACAAAUUAUGAUAGUUUACAAUAGCAGACUUCAAUAAAUGAUUUCUUGCUCAAUUUGCAGAGUUUGUUUCUCAAUUUUUUUGUAAAUCACGUUGUGGUAACUAAGGGAAGUGGUCUGUCAUGUUUCAUGGACAGGGUAGGCCACAACUAUGCAUGUGUAUGUAGGUGUCUGCAGGUAAUGUGGUGGGCUUACAGCCUUAAGAAGGGAGAAAGUGCAUUAAAUCUUAAUAGUUAUUAUCACUGAGCUCUGCUGUUGCAGUUUGUGUAGCGUGUUGUACUAAUUAUUGUAUUUAAGUUACUGGUAUUUAUAGAACUGGUAGAUGACUACAAGAAACAUCUAAUAGAACAAAUAAAGGGAGUUUUCCCCUUGUAA